AUGAACCUCGCCCGCCACUACGCCUCGCCGCUCGAGGGCAUGCGGACAGCGUCGCCGCCACCCGGCGCAACCCACCGCGACUUGCCCCGCUUCGACCAGCUCUACGCCAAGCAGCCACAGCGCGAGACGUCCGCUGAAGCCCAGGAUCUUUUGCGGUCUCAAGAGCUCUUUUUGAGCGUCGUUUUGGACUGGCAACGACACGAUUUGCCGCAGCACACGCAGGUGCAGCGCGUCCAGCACUACGCCGAGCCCACGUACAGCUCGUCAUUUGAGAGCUCCGAAGGCUCGGACCACGAAGGUGGCCAAGCGCUCUUGAGCUUUACAAAAGCGCCGCCCAAGCCGAUCGUCGACGAUCCCAGCCCAACCAACUUGCCACGGGUGCAUCACAUGCCGCUGAACCACCCGUCAGGCCCGCCGGCCUUGAGCCUCAACAACCUCCUUCCGGUGCCGUCCAAGAAGAUUGGCGUCUACACGCCGCGCUCGCGCCGCGUCCUCAUUGAGAAGUACAUGGAAAAGCGUACCAAGCGCCUGUCCCGCAAGAAGGUCCGGUACCGCGUGCGCAAGACGCUGGCCAACGCCCGGCCGCGCGUCAAAGGCCGGUUCGUCAAGACCGAGCAGCCGCUGACCGCCGCGGCCGUCGAGGAGAUGGAGAAGCGCCAGCAACAGCCCAUCACGACGCUCAUGCGGCGGCGCAACCACGACAUCAACUGGGAAGACUUGGCGGCCAAUCUCGAACAGUCGAUGCUGGCGCUUCUGCCGCGCCAGCACAAUGAGUCGCCGCUCCCGGACGUCCAAGCCGAGCUCAUCAACCUGCUCGCCGACGCUGAAGACGAGUGCACCCAAGAGACGUACCUCCGAGCGCUCCACGGCUGCGCUCUAUAUGUAGCGUUGUGCCUCAGCCUCUACGCGAGCCUUCGGCACCCGAGCCUGUGGGACAUGGACGACGAGCCGUCGCCCGUGUUGCACCACUACCUCGCCGACAUCAAGCAGCUCUGGCUCCGGCGAAAGACCAAAAAGCAACAGACCUUCGAUGCGUUCGAAGGCACAGUGCAUGGGCUCGCGGCCGUCAUCUGCCUCGGGUACGACGACGCCAAGCGCUACCUCAAGCCCCUCACGCUUUAA